GGUAAAGGACGGGAGUAUUGAGAAGCUGCCGAGAUCGAUGUGAGGAUUUGACGUCUGUAGUGAAAACUUGACAGUUCUCGGUCGUAUUUAAGCAGGCAAAAUGACAAUUAUCACGAAACCAUUAAGUGAAAAAAAGGCAGACAAGAAGGAAGCUCCCUUAGUUAUAAAUGAAGAGAUUGGAAACUACCCCUCAAAACCUGAUUUGGAAGGAGCUGCAGAAACAGAACCACAAUACUUUGUUUUGCGUACUCGAGCGCGUAGAGUUUCAGCUGCUACAACAAUAUGUUUAUUUCUAACUGCUCUGUUAGUAAUGAGCAUCGGAAUCAUAGCCGGAGUGUAUCUCUACAGACAAUUUGCAAGAUCUCAGGUGCAACGUUUUCGUGGUUGGUGCACAAUCCCAUAUGAAGGUACACAUGCCACAAUGUAUUUGGAUGACAGAAGCAACCAAAACGUGAAUUCAGAUUCAUAUGUUGCAGAUUCAGACUUGUUUGCUAGUUGGGCGAGGACCAGGGACUCUGAUGAUGAUGAAUUAAAUGAAACCAACAAGCUGGAAGGCUAUUUCAAAGAAGAAUUUGAAAUGGAUUUAGUAAAUGAAGAUUUUGAGAAAAUUGAUGUUCCUGAAUUCAAGGGAGGACGAAGAGGAAGAUUCGUUCAUGAUUUCAAUGCUAACAAAACUGGCAUUGUUGACUUAGAUUCUCAGCGUUGUUUUGUAAUGCCUCUGGAUCGCAGUCGCGUACUGCCACCACACAGCAUGUUGGAUCUUAUUAAAAAAAUGUGGAAUGGUUAUUAUGAAGUUGAUACAAAUGUGGUAAGAGAAACUAUGAGAGUUGUUGUACCGCCUAUUAAAGAUUACAGCUCCGUUGGCAUUUACAUAGCAAGAGAAUGUAAAAAUGUACCAACAUAUUUGUUGGAGAAAGUUACUUCACCAGUUUUCAAAAGAAGUGUACUUGAAAACAAUGCCAAGUUUGCAGAAUUUGCAGGGAAGAAGAUAUUAGAAGUUGAUCUCAUUAAUAUGCCUGAGAUUUUAGAGUAUGAAGCUCAAAAUCUGCAAGGUGCUUAAUAAUGUGUGGAGAACAGUGACAUAUUUAUUGUAUUAUUUGUUACCAGCAUAUAUAAGACCUGUUUUAGGCAGAGUUUGCUGCUGUUAGUAACUUUAUUGUUUCAUAAGUCUGGUGGUUUGGAAGACUGAGCAGUAUGCUGAAAUAUAUGUUAAGUUUUAGGUGUUCUGGUAAUGAGACUGUGGGUGCAGAUGUAAAUGAAAUGAAAUGUAUAUUCCUUCAUUUGUUAAAAUGGAGAAAGCUCAGAAUUCUACUUAAGAAUAGAAUCUCAGUUAUUCCUUACAUAUCAGAAUAUACCUUUCAGUCCAAAUUGAUAAUGGAGCCUUUACCCCUCAGAGGAAGUGGUGACAGUUUGUUAGAUACAAAUUUCAAUACUUUUACUUUUUUGUCCUUAUGAGGAAAGAGCUUACACUCUACUGUGACAAAAAAAUUGUUCCAUUCAGUACAGAUUUGCGGGCAAGUACAUUCUUGUUAUAAGCUUUAUCAGAUAUCCCUGUGGAAGUGUGUUAUGAGUUUUGGGAUUAGACAUUCAGUAGAAAACAUUUUAGUUCCUUUAGAUAUGAAUUUAUAUACUAAAGAGUUUAAAUGUAUUUUAUUUGCAGAUAAUAGUUUACAUGUUGAACUCUUGUUGUUUAUAUACUUUUAGAAUAACAUCCAUGUUACUUUACAAUAUAAAACUGUAGUUUCCAGUUUCAGAAAAUAAAAAUCAUAUAACAGUAA